ACCGCGGCAGCGGGCAGAGAGGGGCGGCCGGGCCUGCCGCUGCGGGCUUCUUGCGAGGCCAGAGCUCCAGACCUCUUUUCUGCGGUUAAACUAUGAAGCACUCUAAGGCAGACUGUCCUAGUUAUUGAAUUAUCUCCAGUUUAGCACAGGAUUCUUCUUUUCAGUGUACAGUAGCUCUGUGCCUGGGACAGAGUUGUUUUUCAUCAUUCAGAACAUUGCCUGAAGCAGGUCCACCAUGCCGUUAGUAACGAGGAACAUCGAGCCAAGGCACCUGUGCCGUCAGACGUUGCCUAGCGUUACAAGCGAGCUGGAAUGCAAGACCAACAUCACCCUGGCAAAUGUCAUUCGACAGCUGGGCAGCCUGAGUAAAUUUGCAGAGGACAUUUUUGGAGAGCUCUUUACUCAGGCAAAUACCUUUGCCUUCCGGGUGAGUUCUCUAGCUGAGAGGGUUGACCGCCUACAAGUUAAAGUCACUCAGCUGGAUCCCAAGGAGGAAGAAGUGUCACUGCAAGGGAUUAACUCACGAAAGGCCUUCAAAAGCUCCACCACUCAAGACCAGAAGCUUUUCGACAGGGCCUCGCUCCCGGUGCCUGUCCUGGAAACGUAUAACACUUGUAAUGCUCCUCCACCCCUCAACAAUCUGUCCUCGUACAGAGAUGAUGGCAAAGAAGCCCUCAAAUUCUACACAGACCCUUCCUACUUCUUUGAUCUUUGGAAGGAGAAGAUGCUGCAGGACACCAAGGACAUCAUGAAAGAGAAGAGGAAACACAGGAAAGAGAAGAAGGAUAAUCCCAAUAGAGGAAAUGUCAAUCCUAGGAAAAUCAAAACCCGUAAGGAGGAAUGGGAGAAACUGAAGAUGGGACAGGAAUUUGUGGAGUCCAAAGAAAAACUGGGACCUUCUGGGUAUCCGUCUAACCUGGUGUACCAGAACGGCAGCAUUGGCUCUGUAGAGAGUGUGGACACAAGUGGCUACCCACCUCCACCCCAGUCAGACUCCACCUCUCCGCCCUCUCCCUCCUUCCCUGACGACAGCCUGCCACCGCCGCCAGCGGAGUUCAGCUACCCAGCAGACAAUCAGAGAGGGUCUGGUUCAGCUGGACCUAAAAGAUCCAGUCUUGUCAGUCCGAGCCACCCACCGCCAGCUCCACCUCUGGGCUCCCCACCUGGCCCUAGACCAGGCUUUGCUCCUCCUGCUCCCCCACCUCCACCACCACUGACGGGAGUCCCAUCACCACCACCACCUAUUGGAUUUGCAUCUCCAGUGACACCACCACCACCUCCUUCUCCUCCAUCUUUCCCCCCUCACCCUGAUUUUGCUGCUCCUCCUCCCCUACCCCCACCCCCAGCAGUUGACUACCCUUGUCUUCUACCUCUUCCUAUAGCUCAGCCGACUGGUGGGGCACCCCCACCUCCUCCCCCUCCUCCUCCCCCUGGACCUCCACCCCUUUCUUUCAGUGGCAGCGACGGUCAGCUGGUCCCGCCGCCGCCACCCUCUGAUAGCGCUACGUCCAAACCCAAGUCAUCUUUGCCACCUGUGAAUGAUGCCCGAAGUGACUUGCUUUCAGCCAUUCGUCAAGGCUUCCAGCUUCGUAAGGUGGAGGAGCAGCAAGAGCAGGAGAAACGGGAUGUGGUGGGCAAUGACGUAGCCACCAUCCUGGCCCGACGAAUUGCGGUCGAGUACAGCGAUUCUGAGGACGACUCCUCGGAGUUUGAUGAGGACGAAUGGUUUGAUUAACUGUGCCCGUCGGCACUGUCUCCACGUUCUGCUCUGAGCCCCCCAGCAGAGCCCAGCGGAGCCAUCGGCUUCCUUCCCCAGAGUAACCAAAGAUGCACCCAAGUGCUUUGUGCACACCUCUUGUGUGUGUUCUCCCUGUCUCACUUUUCCUUAAGCCUGUGAAGUCACCAGGAGCAUCCUCCCUGGUCUGGAGAGGCCAGGCAGGAAGGAGAUCAGCAUCCUGUUCUCCGUUCACUUGCUAAGUUGCUUCUCAGCACCACCUUUCAAUUGUGUUUUCUUCCGUAAGUGGAAGAAAGUGCCUUUUAGUGGCCAUCCUGGGGAUACUUUAAACCUGUCUUGUGCCUAGGGGGUCUCAUUCUCACCUUAGCCCCUGCCCUGGAGCAGGAGGCAGAGUAGUGCUGACCCUGGCUCCCCCACCUAUCUGUUGGCAUGGCAUGGAACACUCUCAGGAACCAGGUAGCGCUCAGUCCUCUGCCGUCAUCCCUGCCGCCACAGUGGCCACAUAAGGAAUGGGCUGCGAUCUUGGCGGGCAACAGUCUUCCCUUCCAGGCUGGGCCAGGCAGGGUCACCCACACCAGAGUCCCCAGCGUAGCCUACCAUUUCCAUUAUUCUCAUGGAGCGGGUGUGGAGGCCGAGCCUGAUACCGGUAAGAUUGUUCUGUGCUUUGCUAGGCCCCUCCCUCUGGAGCAUCACCUUCAUUUUUACUGUGUCAUGAAGGAGGAAAGGAUGUCCUGCAUCUUGGAAACCUUGGAAAGAGUCUUUCCAGAAGUCCCCAUCCAGUCCCAGAGGGCUCAGUAAGGACAAUGCCAGGCUGGCAGAGCUGGGAGUUGAGAUUCUUUCUCUGUGUGACACCAAGAAGGCAAGAAAGAACAAAUCACUUCUUACUGAGGGGGAAACAGGAUGGGGAGGAGGAUUUGCUCCAGGUUCUAGAGCAGCAGAGCUGGGCCUGGCUCCCCCACCCCUCUGCCCUCCAGCAGCCUUGCCUGCACCACUCAUACACUGGGAGCUCGGAACAGGCCUUUCACCUUCAAAUUAGAAAAGGAAACCAGGGUUCCGGGACUUGUCCAUGGUCCCACAGGACCUAGCUGAUACUGGAACUCAGGUCUUGAGUUCCACUUUAGGGAUCUUUCAGUUCCUGUGCUUUGCUCACAAAAUAUAGGGAUUUGUCCCUAACACUGCUUUCAGAGGGAUAAGAAUUUCUCCUGGCCUGUUCAGAGGCUUUGUGCUUAAUAGAAGAAAGGAUUCUUAGGGAAUGUAUGCACCAGUCUACAAUGUUAAAUAGUCUGGAGCCACCCACCCUGAUCAAUAGACCUCUCUAAAUGCGUUCUAGGCAUUGCCCCACCCCAAAUUAAUUUUUGAUAAGUCUUUUCUAGCCCUUCUCAUCUUUAACCUGUUUGUAUCCCCCAAAUUUAGGCAAUAGUCUACCAGUUCCAUAUUAUAGUCCCUGCUGCCUUAAGGGGUCUGUCAGUGGUAGGGGUUAGGGGAAUAUGAAAGGAUAGAGGUCUUCUGCCCUUGUCGCCAAGCCCCGUCUGGUGAUUGGAGCGGGUGGCAUGUCUUAACUCUGUGCCACCGCUCUCCCCCUCCCCAAGAUUAACACAGAGGUGCUAGUAAGCAGAACUGGCCUAACAGGAGCUUUGUUCCCCCGUCUGACCUCACUAGACCGCAGAAUCCUGCCCCUCCUGUUUUCAGAGCAUUGAAACAAAGAGAAGCAGGCUGCCUCUCUAUCCAGUAGAGUCAAUAGUUGCAGUGAUUGCCAAAGCUCACAGAAACCCCUCUGGCUAGAUGAGGGUAUGGAUAAUCACUGGGAGAUUGUGCCUGUCUUCCCCUAUUGCUUCUCCUGUAUUUCCUUUUCUUUGAACUCGAGGAUUGGGGGGAUGAAGUGGGGGAGCUGAGGAAUGGCAGUCCAGCUCAUCUGUGCCCCCCCCCCCACCAUCAGAGGUCUUCAGCUCAGGUUUCACCCUGUUUAUCAGGCUCUGCAGCCGCUUCACAGCCUUUUUCCCAGCCUGCGUUUUGGAAGCAUAAGAAUGGGCAUUUGUCUCAGACCUCAAAUGGUCCAGGCAGUGGAGCCAGCCUCCCAGCUGCCAGGGGAAGAACGGUGUUCCUGCUGCAGAGCUGGGCCCUAAGCAUGCCGGGAUGGGGUAGGGGUGCGGCAUUUCUCUGGUCUGAGGAGCCAUCCCCCCUCCCUGAGCCCAGAGUGAGACCUGGGGCUGACCAGUCUGGUGUUUACACUCAACUGCUUUGGCUGAAUUGUGCUCUUCACCACCCCCACCCCCACUUCAGAAAGGGGAGCCAGCCCCUCCCUGCACAGUUGUGACCUUGAGAAGGGGCAGUGUUCUCUGGGUAUCUAGAAUCCACAUAUCACAUCCAUGUGCAAGCCCACAGUGGGAAGGGCUUUGGGGGAGGGGGCAGAGGGGGCUGGCUGCCGAAGGUAGGAUUAGAUCAUUAGCUCAGUGACCUCCUAGGGUUUCGCUGUGCUGUGUUCUCCUUCUACAGCUGGCUUGGUAAUGAUCUGCAAGUCCCGGAGUGCAACUGCACAGCUCUGCCCAAUGCUCUCAUUAAAAUCUAUGCAACCAACCUCUGUGCUUUGUACCAGUGACCGCCCAGCUUAAGCCACCCUGGCUUGUGGGGCUCCCAGUCCCAGGCAGCAGAAAGGUCCUCUGGGCUCUGUUUAUGCAAAUGUGCCCCAGGAAAGAGACGACAACAACAACAACAACAACAAAAAAUCAUGCUUUUUAUUUAAGAAAGGACUCUAUGCAAUUAACCAUGUGUCUUUGUGAAUCCUCUAACUACAAAAUGCAAAGUUUAGUGAUGAUUUUAGAGGCCAGUAGCGGGUAGGGGAUGGGGGCAGGGUGGCCUAACUUAGCCUGGACCGCCUGGGCCCAACUUCUGAUCUUCACCAGCAGAUAGAGGUAGAUUCAUGUUCACUUGUGAAAUUAGCACAUUCCAAGGGAGUGUCCCCAAGGUGGGGAAUCUUGGGGGUGAGGGGAAGCUCGUGUCCAAAUAUAGAGCCUGCCUGAUCUCCCAGGAAUGACCCUGUCCAGUGUCACCGAGGAGCCUGAGUUGGCUUGUCAGGGCUAACUGGAAAGUGCACGUGGUUCUAUCCACGCCCCCAAGCCCUUGGCUUGCACAAAUUAAGGGCUCCCCUGGCUCUGGUGACCCUGCUUUAGCAUUCUCCCUGUGUCUUCACCUAGGCGGCCAGCCUACCUCCCACUGCAGCACCCCCACUGGCCCCAAGGCAGCUCUUGUCACAGCUAUUCAGGGCUUCAUCAUCAUCCUCAGGUUUGCCCCAAAUCCAGGAGCGACCUUUACUCAGGAACAGAGGGGAGGUGGAACACCAAUAAUAAAUGGCCUGGGUGGGGGAGGGGCAAAGCCACAGGGAGUCUUGGAGCAGGCGAUACAGACACAUGCCUCUCCUGUGCCUCAUCUUAGCUCUUACAGUGCCUCAAAGCUGGGUAGGGAACAAUUUUGUUAUUGCAUUAACUUUAUUCAGUUAAUUCACUUGAGAAACUAACCAAUUUUUACUUUCUGUCUAGAAUGAUGUAGACCUAGAAGAGCAAGCUGUAAUGCUCCCAGAGUGCCUUAUUUUCUCUGAUAUAAAUAUAUUUAUAAGGACAGAUAUUCCAGUGGUAACUCGGGCUUCUUGGGUGAGUCUGUCAUGCUGAGAUUUAGGGAGAAGUAGGUGUGGGUGGAUGUGUGUGUGUUGGGAACGGCACUGUUGCUGUGAGAAUCCCUCCACGCCAGGCAAUUGAGCUGGAUUCCAAGUAUUUGGGGAAAGAUCCCAAUCAGUGGGGGCAAGUUAGACCUCUCUUGUCUGCAGAAUCCAGGUGCAGUUUAAUCCUUGACCUCGUUGGCCUCACUGUCCCCAUUCCUCCCAAGCCUUGAGAAAGGCACCCAGUUUUCCAGAGCAGACCACAGCUAUGUGUCUUGUCUCAUGCACUUGUUAAUUGCAGCCCCGUGUUCUCCCCCUCCCUCCCUCUGCGAAGUCCCAUUGCAGUAUGUAUAUGUAUAAAUACUUUCAAUGUAAACAUUUUAAAGAAUUUGAUAAAGCCUUUCUAGCCAAUCA